AUGCUUGGGAAACGGAAACCCCUUGAGACGAUUAGGGACUGUCACUUCUCAGAGAUCGAAUUUCGUGGCUCGGGGGCGCAUCCACAACCUUUGGACAAGCCUCAUCCGACGCGUCAGUUGCGGAAAACACGCUGUCGUCGGGGGGUCGUUCGAGGAACCGGGGUUUUUCAGCUGAGAUUACGGAGCUUCAGGAAUGAUUUAGGAAUUGACAAUGAAGGCCGGUGCUGCUCUGGAUUCCCGACUUCCACUGGUCGCUGCUCUGGCUUCUGCCGAACCAAGAUUCGCGUCUGUCUGAAGCAUUAUCAAAGCAAUAUUGAUCAUACGACGCCGUGCACGUUCGGCGAGUAUGUUACCCCUGUCUUGGGCAACAAUUCCCUCAAGUUCAACGUUGACGACGAAGUGCCGUCCCCCGACUCGAUCGCUCAGAAAGUGAUCGAGUUCUCACUCAACGUCACCUGGCCUGGAACGUUUUCUCUGAUCAUGGAAACAUGGCACGAUGGGAACAGUUCAUCGUCGAGCAACUCCCCGACAGCCAGAUCUGCCAUCUACAAGCAAGGUGAGAUACCCGGGGCCCUUAUUCACCUCUUUCCGUGA